GUCAAGUCAUCUUGUGAAAGGCUGCUUGCUUCCAGCUUGGCUUGAAUGUGCAACCUUAAUAAAACUCACUGAAGUCUGAGAGAAAAUAGCAGUUCUGCAGCAGAUAGUGUAGGGGAAAGAGACUGGGAUAUGCAUAUGCAGCUGACUAAAGCAGGCUACAUGCUGGACUGUAACAGAGAGGAAACAAUAAAUCUUAACUACUAUGCAAUAAAUAUUCCCAAUUUUAGCUAAAGGAAGCUAUCCUAAUAUUGAAAUUAAAAAUAUACCAAUUUAUCCAAGCUUGAUUAUUAAAGUACAAUUCUCCAGUCCUUCUAAAGACUUUAAAGGAAAUUAAGAACAAAUUUAAAAAAAGAGGGAGAAAAAAGUUUUUCUAAAAUUAGGAAAGGAAAGUAAUAAUAACAUGACAAUUUUCCUUUCCUUUGCUUUCCUGGCUGCUCUUCUGGCUCACAUAGGCUGUAAUAAUCAACGUCGGGGUCCAGAAGCCAGUGGGAGAAGAUAUAACCGGAUUCAGCAUGGGCAGUGCACCUAUACUUUCAUUCUACCAGAACAGGACGGGAACUGUCGUGAAAGCACGACAGACCAGUACAACACAAAUGCUCUUCAGAGAGAUGCUCCCCACGUGGAACAGGAUUUCUCUUCCCAGAAACUGCAACAUUUGGAACAUGUGAUGGAAAAUUACACUCAGUGGCUGCAAAAACUUGAGAACUACAUUGUGGAAAACAUGAAAUCGGAGAUGGCCCAGCUGCAGCAAAAUGCUGUGCAGAACCACACGGCCACCAUGCUCGAGAUAGGAACCAGCCUCCUCAGCCAGACAGCAGAGCAGACGAGAAAACUCACCGAUGUUGAAACCCAGGUGCUAAAUCAAACAUCCAGACUUGAAAUUCAGCUACUGGAAAACUCACUAUCUACAUACAAGCUAGAAAAACAGUUGCUGCAACAGACACACGAAAUUCUCAAGAUUCAUGAGAAAAACAGUUUACUUGAGCACAAAAUAUUAGAAAUGGAAGAAAGGCAUAAAGAGGAACUAGACACUUUGAAAGAGGAAAAAGAGAACCUGCAAAGCUUGGUUACUCGCCAAAGCUACAUAAUCCAGGAACUAGAGAAGCAAUUAAACAAGGCAACAAGCAACAACAGUGUCCUGCAGAAACAGCAGCUUGAAUUGAUGGAUACAGUUCACACUCUAAUCAGCCUCUGUUCCAAGGAAGGAGUUUUACUAAAGAAUGCAAAAAAGGAGGAAGAAAAGCCAUUCAGAGACUGUGCAGAUGUAUACCAAUCUGGUCUUAACAAAAGUGGGGUCUACACUAUUUACAUUAACAACGUGUCAGAUCCUAAAAAGGUCUUUUGCAAUAUGGAAAUUGCAGGAGGAGGAUGGACAGUUAUACAACACCGAGAAGAUGGAAGUCUGGAUUUCCAAAAAGGCUGGAAAGAAUAUAAAAUGGGUUUUGGUAGCCCAUCAGGUGAACAUUGGCUGGGGAAUGAAUUUAUCUUUGCAAUAACAAGUCAGAGACAAUAUUCUCUAAGAAUUGAAUUAAUGGACUGGGAAGGAAACCGGGCAUAUUCACAGUAUGACAGAUUUCACAUAGGAAAUGAAAAGCAGAAUUACAGGCUUUAUUUAAAAGGUCACAGUGGAACUGCUGGCAAACAGAGUAGCCUGAUCUUACAUGGUGCCGAAUUCAGUACUAAAGAUGCUGACAACGACAACUGCAUGUGUAAAUGUGCACUCAUGCUAACUGGAGGCUGGUGGUUUGAUGCCUGUGGCCCCUCCAACCUGAACGGGAUGUUCUACACGGCUGGGCAGAACCAUGGAAAGCUGAACGGCAUCAAGUGGCACUACUUCAAAGGCCCCAGCUACUCCUUGCGGUCCACAACCAUGAUGAUUCGGCCCUUAGACUUUUAAAUGCAUCUGGCAGUGGCUGCAAGAAUGAAACACAACACGACUGCCCUCUGAAGAACUUCUGUAAUAUUCUGAAGGUAAAAAGUGAAGGGCCUCUUGAAAGCAACAAGUAGGAUGGACGCAGAAUUGCUUCAUUAUCACUUCAUAGCCUGCAAAAGCUCCCCACUAGUCCCCCUGUGUCUUGGUGGCAAGGGAAGGCUUGGUUUAGAGGAAGGUGGCUACAAUGAUUUUCCAGAGAAGAACAACUGGAGAUCUUUGUGAUCUGGUUAUUCUGACUGAAUCUAGUGCUUAACAGUGGAUGUCUUUUCUUUUUGUGUAAAAGAUGCAAAAAUAUACCAGUUUAUUCAGCAACAACAACAGAAUUUGAAGAACAGAAGCACAUCAACCACAUUCUAUUGAGGAGAUAAUUUUUCAACAGUGAAAUGGCACUAUACCCACAAAACAGGAUUACAGAGACACCUGCAUUACAGCUCAUCUUAAAUCUUAAAUACUGAAGGUGACCACUCCAGACAUUGUGUUCCUUAAAUGAUUUGCAUUUAAAUGGGUGGAUGGAUUUAUUUUAAUCCCAGGAUCAAAUAAUCUGUGCUAAUUUUAUUUUUCAUUAAAUCCUUUAAAGACAUGUUUCUCAUAAAAAAACUGAGUGAAAUGUAUGAAUGAUAAGGGUAAUAAACUGAAAUUCUUCAGUUGCUCUGUAUAGGCUAAUUAGAUAAUUGGCAUAAUACCUGAGCUAGGAUUUAUAGUGUGAUAACAAAAGUAGUUGUGUUUCGGGGGGGGGGGAGGGUUCCACUUUUUUCAUUAAAGGCGGUCUGAACGUCACAUAGAAAAAUUGAUGGAAGGUUUAAAGAAUGUGAAAUAGUAUCCCAAAAAAAUAUAAGAUUUUGCAUGGCAUAUUUCCAUCAAAAGUACAUCAGUUCAUCAGUUUUCCUUUCCAGGAAAGCAAACUGUUAGGGUAGAUAGGAAUGGCAUAAAUGCAUAUUUUAAGUUGAUGGAUUCAUUUUACAAUACCUUUGCAUGUGCACAAUUUAUCAUUAAUUAUUUUACUUUUUAUUAAUUCUUCAUUUCUUCACUAUAUUGUUUCAUUUUUGUGAAUAUCAGACGCAUGCCAAUUCUACACAGUGCUUAGGCUACAACUAUGAAGAUACUCAACACAACUGUAUAUAAAAUAAAGAUUUAUGAACUGUAAAUAGCAUGUUUAUAUCUCCUUUAAUGAUCAUUUAAUUUGUACAUGCAGCUCUGACCCUACUGAAUACAAAUAAAUGCGAAAUCUCAAAAGGAUAUAAAUAUUUAAUGAGCUCUAGAAGAGUGCUUACAGGUUUCUACUGUCAUAACAAGUAACUGUUAUAUUAAAAAAUGCUGCAUAAGUGUGAGACAAGAUGCACAAUUCAGUUAUUAGAAAGGAUAAAGUGUCUAUAACAGCAAGCAACAAAAUAGUUGGGUGGCCCAUGAGGUUACAGGGAUAACUCUUUCCAUUUACAGUCUCUCAUGGUUUAAUCAUAUGAGCAAAGUCCCUUUGGGAAAGUAGCUUGCACUCACUCAGCUUCUGCUUUAGAAAAAAGGAAAAGCUUGACCCUGCUCCCACUGAAAUCAAAAGUAUCAUUCUCAUUGAUUAAAAUGGGACCAAGAUUGCACAAAAUCUGAAUGUAGUGAAUUUUUUUUGCUUGUCUGUUUGUUGAUUUGUUUCAUUCAGUAGUCUAUUCUUAAAAUCAGCAAAGAUCUGAUUCUAUUUUAAAGGAUUAUGUUAUUAGAAUAACCGUCUUUUUUUCUUUACCAGUUUAUUGCUAUUAGAAAAAAAAGCUUGUAUCUUUUUAAACAUCCCUUCUUAAAGAUCACAAAGCACCACAGGGUUCUCUGUUUUUCUUAUAACUUGAUGUUUGUUUGUUUUUAAGUGGGAAGAUCUUUGUUUUUAUGUAUUUGUAUAUAUUUAUAUAUAUAUUUGAAAUAAUCCUGUCUAAGGGUUAAUUUGUUGUUUUCUGCUGAAUAAACUACCAAACUA